AUGGCCCAUAACAAUAACUCCACUCAAUCCACCACCGCUCCAACAACGGAUGCGUCCGUUGACGACGCUCGACCAUGCAUCAGCAAUGAGGAACUCUCAAAGCAGGUCGCCUUUCUCACAUCCAAAUUACAAGAGGUGUUGUGUUUGUGGCGCAACGGUCCAGCCCCAUCUCAACCAAUAGGCGAACUUGCGUCUAGUUUACUAGAGAAAUACCAUAUAGAGAUCCUUCUACCAAUAAAAAAACUUAUACAUUCAUAUGUGUGGCCCGCUCCUGGCGAUGAUACAGGUAAAAAUCGGCUCCAAUUACGUCAUCUCCUUGAUGAAGGCCAAGAUUUGAAAAAGGAGUUCAACGCUGUGUUUGACGCAGAGUAUUAUCAAGCAUUGCUAGUCAUCGAUUUAUGGGAGUUAGGAAUGGAACGAAUGCUGGCAUCUUUGUCGAUAUUAUAUGAAUCUUUGAUAGAAUUUCGACGGAGGAAGAAUGAUAAUAAUGUGUGA